GCCACUGCAUGGGAUCUGUCACUGCUAGGAAACGGUGACAAAGUCUAAGAAACAGAAGCUGGUAAGUAGACACAGUCCCUGUGCUUCCGAGUAAUUCUCACUUCUGAACUAUCUCACAGAAACGACACUUUAGGUUACAGAAAUUCAAGCAAGUUAGCAAAGUACCAAAGGGAUGAAUGUGACUGUGGAAAGCUGGACCGCAGAGAGAGCGAGACAACAAAUAGAACACCCUUUCUCAGAACCAGUGAUCAUAAUCAUUAUCUUUGGGGUGAUGGGUGGUAUCGUCGCAGUCAUAGUGCUUUCUGCUUACGGCAUCGGCAAACUGCGUAUGAGAAGUCCAGUUGCUGCCCAACCUGAAUUCCCACAAAACACAGACGACCCUUUAAGCUCUGUAGAAACCGAAAAUCCAGUCCUUCCACAGAACAAUAAUGAAUGAUACAUUGCUCACCAAGCCAAAUUUUGGAAGAACUAGAAGACAAGAAACUUCAGUCAAGUGAAAAAUUCACGUGUAAAUUGAACACGCUAAGAAAUUGUAGACACCCUUAGAUUGUUGAAUUUCAGGAUGAAAAUUUCAUCCUAGUGAGUCCAGUGACUCGGUAAUGGAAAACGCCUCUACUCAUUAAUAUCUCGAAAGGAAGAACAAGUCUUUUCUUUCAUGCCCGCUUUUGUGUGUUAGCUUAAUGUUUCCAGGUCAUGGACUCGGAGUUCUGAUCCAAAGGCUUGUAAUUCAUAGAUGAAAUCUAAACUCUCUUCUCAUCCUAAACUUCUGAGUCUAUUUUUCAUUUCUUUAAACAAAUUAAAUCCUAUCAUUUCCUUCAUUCCUGAAUAAAUAAGAUAAGGUGAUCUUAUCACACUAGUGAUCACACUAGUGAUGAUGAUAUUUUUUAGUCACAAUAAUAAAGUGUGUUAUUGGAAAUGCUUUGCAUACAUGCAUGCAUGCAUACAUACAUGUAAAUACCAUUUGUACCUGUGCAUAGACACAGGUACAGGCACAGAGGUAUAAAAUGACACUCACACUCAUCCUUUCAUGCAUAAAUCAAUACAAAAGUUUUUCCCAUUAGAAAAAAGUGAAACAUUCCAUAUGUAUAAGUGGCUCAUUUAAGUGCGUCUGACAUUACGGCAUCUUGUCCUCCGGGCCACUGGCUAAUGCACCCAUUGUGUUCCCCUGGGAGAGUAAUUCAGGUAAAUGGUCAGAGAACCCUGAGGAACAGAAAGAAGGAUGUUUCCUCACCAAUAACUCUGGAAAUGCAACCAGAGGUGCGUACUGGACAUGCGGGUGAAUAUUUUAACAGGUCACCAUUAUAUUGUUUUCUAAUGUUCUCAGUUAAAUGCUUUCAUCUGUCCAGUCCGAGAUUUCCUCACUAAUAGAGCUUUGGAAAUUGGUUUGAAUGCUCUAAAAGAAAUUUCUAGCUGUGAGACGAAGGCUUUGUGCCCCGCCGCUGUCACUCACCGGUAGUGAAACGUAAAAGGCAG